AUGAAGUACACCACUGCCCUUCUCUCCCUGGCCGCCCUUGCCGUUGCUCAGGACUGUGUCUCCAACUACGAGUCAUGUCUUCUUACCAAGGAUGAGCCUUCUUGCAACUCUGAACUCGCUUCCUGCAAGAACGUCUGUGCCGAGGACCUCGACCAAUGCAACCAGAGCGAUGCCGGCUCCGUUGUCUGCCAGAAGAACUACAACUCAUGCCUGAACACAUUCCCCAUCAUCCCCGGUGGCUCAGACUGUGUUGCCAAGUUCAUCAAGUGUGGUGAAUCUGGCGAAUCUUCCGAGAGCUGCAAUGCACAGAACGCCGUCUGCAAGGACUCAUGCACCAACAUCAACUCUGCUUGUCUCUCCUCCGGCUCCGCUGAUGUUGCCGCCUGCACAAAGCAAUACAACGCUUGCUACUACUCUACCUCGGAUGUCAUCACCCUCGACACCGUCGCCAAGUACCAGAACUGCUUGAACGCUGGCACCAACGUGACUGCUUGCAACUCUGAGCUCACCAACUUCAAGGACGCAUGCACAACCAUCCAAGCCACCUGCCUCGUCUCCGGCGCCGCCGACGACGCCUUCUGCUCCUCCAUCACCGCGGCCUGCUACUACAACGGCAGCAAGUGGACCCGCGAAUCCUGCUCUGCCUCCUUCGCCGCUUGCACAGCCUCAGACUCCGAGUGCCGUGCCGAACUCACCAUGUGCAAGGACUCGUGCACCAACGCCGAAGCCUCCUGCCGCACUGCCCAGAACGCUGACGCUGCCGCCUGCGCUGCCGUCCGCAGCUCUUGCCAGGGCUCCCCCAACGACCCCAUCACUGACCCUAACGUUGUUUCUUCGUCCUCGUCUGCCUCUGCUGCUUCUUCGAGCUCUGCUGCUUCGAGCACUUUGAGCGCUGUUGUUGCCGUCAGCACUGGUGGCUACGUGUACAAGAACGGCACUGCUGUUGUCGGCAAGAACAGCACUUCCACUUUCACCCCUAUCGCUUACACUGGCGCUGCUUCCAAGGCUGGCGUCUCGGCUGCUCUUGCCGGUGUUUUCGGUGUUGCCGCUUACCUUUUGUAA